GGUGGAGCCUCAGCCAGUGAAGGCAGUUCUAUACAGAGAUGCUGGGCUGGAGGCUGCAGUAACUGAAGGGCUCAUUGCAGUAUUUUGGUGAUAUUUGUGAAGAUGCAGACAGAUGUUGAGAGGAAAAAGUAUCUACAAGAUAAAAAUCAAACACUCUAGAACCAGCGAGACACUGUUUCUGUUGUCUGUAAGCUGACAUGAGGCGAACAGCGAGUGUCCGGAGCUUUGUUCACUCUGCCCUCUCCGUGUUGAAACAAGAAAAGCCUUUUCACCUGGCUGCCUUUGAAGAGGUACUCAGACUGCCAUGGCCUCUAAAGAUUCACAGAAUCAAAAGCCUGGAAGUCUGCCUGGUUUUUUUCCUGGAGCCACAAACCCAGAUCAACAAUCUCGAACAGCUUCUUCCCAUCCCAGGAAACAAGCAAGGCAGCAGCGGGAUGAACCUCAACCAAGUAGAUUCCUGCCAACAGCCAGUCUCCCCCCUGGUCUAGAAUAUUUAAGCCAGUUGGACUUGAUAAUCAUCCACCAGCAAGUGGAAAUUCUUGGGAUGAUACUCGGUACUGAGACCUCCAACAAAUAUGAGAUCAAAAACAGCUUGGGACAAAGAAUUUACUUUGCAGUGGAGGAAAGCAUCUGUUUUAAUCGUAAUGUGUGUUCCACGCUGAGAGCCUGCACCCUGAGGAUCACAGACAACUCGGGUCGAGAGGUGAUUACAGUGAACAGGCCCCUAAGGUGUAACAGCUGCUGGUGCCCUUGCUACCUACAAGAGCUAGAAAUCCAAACCCCUCCUGGUACAAUAACUGGUUAUGUUACACAAAAGUGGGACCCCUUUCAACCCAAAUUCACAAUCCAAAAUGCAAACAAAGAAGAUAUUUUGAAAAUUGUAGGUCCUUGUGCAACCUGUGGCUGUUUUGGAGAUGUGGACUUUGAGGUGAAAACUGUUGAUGAAAAGCUUACAAUUGGGAAGAUUUCCAAGUACUGGUCUGGAUUUGUCAAUGACGUAUUCACAAAUGCUGACAACUUUGGAAUACAUGUUCCUGUAGACCUCGAUGUGACACUCAAAGCAGCAAUGAUUGGAGCUUGCUUUCUCUUUGAUUUUAUGUUCUUCGAACAUUCACUUGCUGGAUUAUAACAAGCACGAUGACGAAAACAAUGAAAUAUGCAGAACGCAUUUCAAAUAUAUCUCUUGGACAAGUGUAAACUGACACUCUCAAAGGAAAGGGUGGAAAGAUAAGAA